CUGGUGCAGCGUGAUUGAAGGUUUAGUAUUCCCUAGCAGGGCACCAUUCCAGCUGUGUUAUUAGACUCUGGGCCAGACGUGUCAAAGUGGAGAUGAACGCAUCAGAGGCUGGAGGUGUGACAGAGUCAAGGACCUCUGAGGCGGUUGGUGGACACGGAAGAUGAGCUCAGCGACAUCCAGUCAGACUCAGUGCCGUCGGAGGUGCGGGACUGGCUGGCGUCCACCUUCACAAGGCAGAUGGGCCUGAUGCUGCGGCGGACGGAGGAGAAGCCCCGUUUCCGCAGCAUUGUGCAUGCCGUGCAGGCUGGGAUAUUCGUGGAGAGGAUGUACCGCCGGACCUCAAACAUGGUUGGAUUAAGCUACCCACCAAGCGUGAUCGCUGCUCUCAAGAACGUGGACCUGUGGUCGUUCGACGUCUUCGUCCUAAACGAAGCCAGCACAGAUCAUGCCCUGAAAUUUAUAUUCUACGAGCUCCUCACCAGAUAUGACCUGAUCAACCGCUUCAAGAUCCCUAUAUCUGCACUGGUGUCAUUUGUUGAAGCCCUAGAGGUGGGCUACAGCAAACACAAGAACCCCUACCACAACUUGAUGCACGCCGCGGACGUCACACAGACGGUCCACUACCUCCUCCUGAAGACCGGGAUGGUGCACUGGUUGACCGAGUUGGAGAUCUUUGCCAUGAUCUUUGCGGCCGCUGUUCAUGACUACGAGCACACAGGCACCACCAAUAACUUCCACAUACAGACCAGGUCAGACACAGCCAUCUUGUACAACGACAGGGCCGUACUAGAGAACCACCACGUCAGUGCUGCCUACCGCCUUCUACAGGACGAUGAUGAGAUGAACAUCUUGUACAACUUGUCGAAAGACGAUUGGAGGGAGCUGAGAGCCCUAGUGGUGGAGAUGGUAUUGGCCACAGACAUGUCUUGUCACUUCCAACAGAUUAAAGCCAUGAAAAACUUCCUACAGCAGCCGGAAGGGAUCGACAAGCCCAAAGCCUUAUCCCUCCUGCUGCAUACAGCAGACAUCAGCCAUCCUGCCAAGAAGUGGGAGCUGCACCACCGCUGGACCACCUCCCUUCUGGAGGAGUUCUUCAGGCAGGGAGACAAAGAAGCCGAACUGGGGCUACCGUUCUCUCCGCUGUGCGACCGCAAAUCGACCAUGGUGGCCCAGUCUCAGAUCGGGUUCAUUGACUUCAUUGUGGAGCCCACAUUCACUGUGCUGACUGACAUGACGGAGAAGAUCAUGACGCCACUCAUCGAUGACGCCUCCCGCUCCGGCCUCACGGGCUUCCGGCGCUCUAGUCUGAACAACAUCACACAGACAGUUAAGAGCUCAGAGGGCAACUCCGCACUCAGCUGCUCCCUGCUCAGCGUCGACUUCAAGAACUUCAAGGCCACCUGGAACGAGGAGGUCCAGCAGAACCGGGAGAAGUGGAAGGCACAGGCAGCCAAGGACCUGGAGGAGAAAGCAGCACAGGAGGCCAAGGAGGGAAGUGGAAAUGGGGCAUCGGAAGCAGCAGAGGCUGAACCAGGCCAGACCAGAUCAGAAGAACAGCAGCCACAGGAGGAGGGAGCGGAGAAAAAGCCUGCAGGUGAUCAGGACCCAGAAGGGGGGAAGGACCCCCCCUUAAAAUCGGAUCCAGACCAGUCUGGCAGCGCCAACGACCCCGAGAAGAAACAGCCAGUCCAAAAUGACUUCCCCCAGAAGUACAACAUGAUCCGCUACUGGAAGAGACCCAGCUACUGCGCCAGGUCACACUUGCCAUCCAGCGAAAAGGCACGUGAGGGCCGACCCGGUGACGCUAGGAUCAAGGCCAGGCAGCUCCAGAGCAUCUCCUUGCGCCACAGGAAGUGAUGUCACAGGAAGUCAUAUUUCAUCAUCUUCUAAAUGACCUGUUAUAACUAUCAUUCUUUUUAUUUCCCCCAUCAGAGAUGUCAGUAAGAUGCUGCUGUGUAGAGAGAGCUACAGUGGAUAUAAAAACUUACACACACCUAUCAAAAUGCCAUGUUUUUGUGGUGCAAAACAAAUGAGAGCUCAAUAAAUCACUUCAAAACAUGUCCCACCUUUAAUGUGACCUAUAAUCUGCACAAUUCAAUUGAAAAGCAAACAAAUCUGUUAGGGGGAAAAUAAAAUAAAAAUUAAGAAAACAAAUUUUAAAAUAACACGUACAAUAAGCUGGUUGCAUAAGUGUGCACAACAAACUAAUACUUUAUUGAAGCACCUUUUCAUUUAAAUACAGCAUUCAGUACACACCUGCUACCAAGUGACUGAUUAACCCCAAAUUAAGUUCAACUGUCCUAGCAGGAUUUUCUUGACAUUUACUCAGUUGCAUCCUACAGCUAAAGUCAUGGUUCACAGAGAGCUUACAAAGCAUCAAAGGGAUCUCAUUGUUGAAAGGUAUCAGUCAGGAGAAAGGUUAAAAAAAAUCCAUGGCAAUAGAUAUACCAUAGAACACAGUGAAGACAGUCAUCAAGACGUGGAGAAAAUAUGGGACAACAGUGACGUUACUGAGAACUGGACGUUGCCCCAAACUGAUGAAAAGACAAGACUGGUCAGGGAGGCUGAUAAGAGGCCUACAGCCACACUGAAGGAGCUGCAGGAAUUUCUGGCAAAUACUGGUUGUGUACUGCAUGAGACAGCAAUCUCCAGUAGUCUCCAUAUGUCGGGACUAUAGGGUAGGGUUGCAAGACGGCAGCAUGAUGCUUUGGGGAUGUUUAUUUUCAUCUGGAACUGGGGCUUUAGUCAACGUGGAGGGAAUUAUGAACAGUUCCAAAUACCACUGAAUUUUGGCCCAAAUUCUUCAGGUGUCUGGUAGAAAGCUUACGACAAAGAGGAAUCCCACCUUUCAACACAAGAAUGACCCCAAGCCUACAUCCAGAUCAACAAAGGAGUGGCUUCACCAGAAGAAAAUUAAAGCUUUGGAAUGACCGAGCCAGAGCCCAGACCUAAAUACAACUGAAAAUCGGUGGGGCGACCUGAAGAGGGCUGUGCACAAGAGAUGCCCUCGCAAUCUGACAGGUUUGGAGCACUUUUGCGAGGAAGAGUGGGUAAGUAUUGCCAAGUCAAGCAUGAUGAUAGACUCCUACCCAAAAAUCAAAAGGUGCUUCAACAAAGUAUUAGUUUAGGGGUGUGUGCACUUAUGCAACUGACUUAUUGUAAGUUUUUUUGUGUUUUGUAUACUUUUCCCCCUAACAGAUUUGUUUGUUUUUCAAUUGAAUUGUUCAGGUUCUAGGUCACAUUAAAGGUGGGGAAAGUUUUGAAAUGAUUUAUUACAUUUUAACAGGGGUGUGUACACUUUUUAUAUCCACUGUAAAUGAGACUAAAUGGUGCUUAAUAACUUAAUUUCUAAUAAUUAUUCUAAUAAAGGAUGUAUUCACUGAUAUAGCAGUAUAGAUAGUAAAACACUGAUCAGCUCACACCAGUAAAACAUUUCUCUCUCCUGAGAUUUAUGUCCUGAAAACUCUACAGCUACAGUUAAAACAGCUGCUAACUUCUGCUUAUGGAUGUAAUGUGAUAUUAUGUGAUAACAUUAAUGAAGCUUUAAGGCCACUAUCCUCUCAGACUAUAACACAUAGCCCUGAUACAUCCCUGCAUUUUUGUUAUGCCGUGAAGCCUGAACAUGUUGAAUCGAUAAUGUUAGUGGAGACAUUCUGAUAACCAAGCACUUUGUGCACUUGCUAGGUUUGGGCCUGACAGGGGGUUAUGGGUAUUUUUGGCACCCGAGUCAUUCCCUGGCAUGGCUAUCUCAGGCAAAGAACAGUGCUUCCGACACGAAAUGAUGACAUCACCGCAUUACCAUAAAAACACAACUCGCCAUUCUGGAACUCCCAUCUUUUUGCUGUGUCUGUGUUUUUUGCAUUGUAUGUUCAUUCUGCAUUGGUAUUUUUUCCAUGCAGGACAUGCAUUGGCAGUAAAGAGUUUGUAGGAUACAUGCAGAGGAGGCUUAUAUUCACCCAUCAUUAAAUAAUCAUCUUCCACCAAAAGUAAAGUGAUUAGUAUAUAACUGCUUUGAUGUGAAAGAGUUCUGUGUAACUGUGCAGCAUAUGGGAUAUACAUUCUGUAAACAAUUAAAAACCUUCUUUCAGACCAGUCUUGAUGACUGGUGACAAUUUCUAUGAAGAUGUGAAUUUCUGUGGCUUCUGCAUUUCCCAGGGGUUUUAGCAAAUACAGCUCUGGAAAACAUUAAGAGACCACCGCACGAUUUUUAGUUUCAGUCAUUUCUCAAUUUAUGAAUGUGCUUCUGUGAAUGAUGUUCUCUGUUUCUCAUUAAUGAAGGGCUGCUUUCCUGCUUUAUGGGACUUCAGUCCUGCUUCAAGGAGCCUGAUAGAAACUGCCAUAGUUUCAGUGCACUUCACACCUGCGCUUAAGGUCACUUGAUGUCAUCCUCUGAUUCCUGAGAAACUGUUGGAUAAAUUGACAGUCAUCUCUGGCAUUAAAAAGUUGCUUCUACCCUCUACAUGGAUAGUUUCUGGUUGUUCCCAGUGUCUCCUGCUUUAUUUUGUUCUUGUAUACUGCUGUCUUAGAAACUUUGAGCCUGGAAGCAGCCUGCAGUGCAGUGUAGCCUCUGCCAGCAGAACCAGGAUUAAACCAGGAUUUAACUCUCAUAAAAUUGAGCCCAAAGGCACGUAUCAGGUGACUUCUCACAAUAACUUAAUUUUUGUAGGAGCAUUUAAGAGUUAAGAACACAGAUUCUUAAAAAAUAUGGAGUGGUUUCCUAAUUUUUUCCAAAGCUGUAUAUGAAUGGCAUCGUACUGUUGAAACUGAUGAAUGCAUGGUUGGUAGAUGAAAAUUAAAAACCUUAUAAACAAACAUGUGAAAUUUCCUAUUUAUUCCCAACUUGUCACAACCACAGGACAGAAUUAUAAAGUAAUACACACAAUUUCAGGUUGUUUCCUCUCUGAUUGCUAAGGACUCGGAGCUGACAGCAGUGGGGUAGCCGACCACAAAGAUACAUACAGUAUAUGAGGCGGCCGAUAUGAAAGAGAAGAGGCCAAAGAUGAGGUCAUGAGUCAGCACAACGAGCAAAGGAAAGCCAAGGAUGAGGUCAUGAAUCAGCACAACGAGCAAAGGAAAGCCAAGGAUGAGGUCAUGAAUCAGCACAACGAGCAAACGAAAGCCAAGGAUGAGGUCAUGAAUCAGCACAACGAGCAAACGAAAGCCAAGGAUGAGGUCAUGAGUCAGCACAACGAGCAAAGGAAAGCCAGGACACUAAACCAAAAACCAGCAAGAGACCGGAACACCAGGGCUGAAAGAGCAAUCCUGACCGAACGCUAAGACCAAAAAGGAAGGACUGGCAGAUUGUGAGCUUAAAUAGGCUGAGUGAUUGAGGACAGGCAUGAUUAGUAACUGAGUGAGACAGCCUGAAGGUGGGUGUGUCCAUGGUGGAGGCGGGGGGGACCCAACUGGCAGCAGGUGGAAUAUGGACCGGAUGUGACAUUAAAACUCUUAUAGUUAAAUAUAAUCAAUUGCAGUUUACUCAAAUACUAAUGUACUAUAAUCUUACUUUUUGUACAUUUAAUUUAACUAAUGGUUUUUUCCAAAGUGAUUCACAUUUUUUUUUCUUGUGAAAACAGGGUCAGUCAGUCCCUGGAGCAGUUGGGAGUUAAGAGGGCUGCUCAGGGGCCUAAUGGCGAAAUCACUCCACCAACCCUGGGAUUGGAUCUCAUGCACUGUAAGCUCACUUGUUCUGACCUAAUUUAUGCAGUUUUCACGUAGCCAGGCUGAGCAUCAUGGUUCAAACGUGCCAUCGUCACUUGGGGCUGUGAUGUCCGUGGGCGAGUGACAGACCUCGGCUGGCCAAGAGGAGGGAAGGAUUUGGGGUCUGGAGUGUAAAGACUGACACGUAGCCGGGAGGGGAAGUGUGGCGAGUGUGGCUAGACCGGACAUUCUGUCAGAGGCGGUUGUCACGACAACACAUCUCGCUCUCCGCGCGAGUGUUUCAAUGGGUCCUCUGAACUACUUCAACUGACGGCUUAUUUCAGUGUUUAGAUUCAAGAGGAACUGCAGCAGGGUACCAGUGUAAAUCUCUAAAACCUCUAUAAGCAGACUGAAAUGAAGGCUGAUGUAGGAUUUGCAGUCCCGUCAGCGGCCCUGUGGGCUGGGCGCUGAGUGGGUGGCGGUGACGAGCAU